CCACCACCACGCCGAGUCGUGUGCGGCUCCUCCGCCAUGCCCCUCUUCCGCCGUCGCUCCUCGUCGCAGGGCGGCGCACCGCGCACGCCCGUCCUCGCCGCACCGCCUGCGCUGCCGGCCCUGGCGCUGCCCGACGUCGCGCUCGGCAGCAUCGCACCUGGCGCCGCUGGCGUGGCGACACCUCCGCUGCCAAGUCUGGCCACUGCCUCCUUCGCCGAUGCCGCCCACGCCGAGAGCAUGCCGCGCUCGCGCACCGUGCCGCAGUUCCACCGGCCCUGGACGCGCGAGGGCUACGAGGGCCGCAGCAGCAUGAGCACGACGGGCGGCGCAUCCACGCCGCCCAUCGGCGUGCGCUCGCCCUACACUUCGCCCGUGCGCAGCGGCCCACCGCCGAGCUCCUUCCGCACCUCUUCCUUUACCACUUCGCCGCCGCCGCCGCCCGCACAGGCAAAGCGCGCUGCCGAGAUCGCUCGCGCAGCGAGUCUGCGGCGCAUCCGUGCGCCGCCAGCGCUGCAGAUCCUCGUCGCGGGCGCUCGCGGCACGGGAAAGACGAGCUGGCUGCAUGCGCUGCUGCGCGCUUGCGCGGAGGAUGGAGUCGAUGUCGAUGAUGCUCUCUUCACGCCAGGCCUGCCUCCGAGUCCGCUGCAUCGCAAUCGCCUCGUCCAUCCGCCUGUGCCGCUGCGCACUGCAGUGAUGCAGACGCUUGGCACUCUGACUUUGCGGUCAGCGCAAGCGAACGCGCGACGCAUGUCGGUCGUCUCGUCGGCGUCCGGCAGCACAGGCGGCUCCGCGCGUCUGACCUUGCACCUCAGCGACUCGCCCGGCCUGCGCUUCGAUACGGCGGCGUGGGAAACUGAGCGUGCCCUGCGCUCGCUUCUACAUGCCCUCGACAGCCGCAUGGCGCGGCGUAUGGCCGAAGAGGGCCGCGUGGAGCGUACCGCCGCCGGCACAGGCGCCCGUUCGCGCGCCGCGACUCGCAGCGGAGACGGCACCGACGGCGUCGUCGAUGUCAUCGUCUACUUUGUCGAUGCCCUCUCUCUCGUGCGUCGCCGUCCUCGCCCUCGAGCUGCACCUGCGGCAGCGGCGACACAGCAGACCGAUGCGGCCGCAGCGCUAGGUCUUCAAUUCGACGGGCCCGCCCUGCUCGGUCUGGCAGAUAGCGCCUCGCCAGUCACGUCGCAGGCCGUGCUCGAGCCUGCUGCGCCCUUCGACGAGCAAGACGACGACGACGCCGAUGAUGAGGACGCAGACGAUGCAGAGCUCUGCAUCGCGCCGCGCGAGCUCGGCGCCAUGGCGCGGCUUGCCGAGCGCGCAGCACUCGUGCCCGUGCUAGCUCGCGCCGAUCUGCUCUCCGAGCAUGCGCGGAAAGAGGCACUGGCUGCGGUGCACACGUCGAUGCAGCGCGCAGGCAUCAACCUGGAAUGGGCCGGCCAGAGUCUUGAGCCGAGCGAAGAGCUCGACGACGCAUCGGCACGCGGGACGGAGCGGCCCAAGCUUAUCCGUCUGCGCUCACGGCGCAGCUACAGCGGUUCACAAGCUGGCAUCACAAGCGGCGCCGUACUGCAAUGCAGCUACUCCGCCGCGUCCUCAACAGCCGACGUCUUUUCCGACGACCCUGCGCCUUCGCCUCCCAAGCUCAGCCUGCCGCUGUGCAUCUUCACGCCCGACUCUGUGCCGCUGCCUCUCGGGCGCGCAGGUGCGCCCACGCUGAGACGUACGGGAAGCAACAGCAGCGUUUCUUCUGCAAGUCGGCCGCGCUCGCUAUCGCACGGAGGUCGCUCGGCUUCCGCCAGCUCGGCACUUGUGCCGCCUGUGCCGCCGCUGCCAGUGGGCUUGAGCCCUACUGCCUCUCCCGACCCCGGAGCGCGGAGCAAUGGCAACGGCAACGGCAGCGCGCAUGGGCACGGCAAUGGCAACGGCAAUAGCGCGCCGCCGGCCUCGUCUUCGGGCACUGCCACUUCGGUACCUUCCUCGUCCCUGCGUCCACUCAGCGCCGCCGAGACGGCAGCACUGCAGCGAGCGCGGCGCGAAGCCGAGGCGGAGCGCCUGCAACGUGAGCUGGAGCCGCGCUGGGUGCGCUCUUAUGCGUGGGGCGAGGCGGACGUGCGGGAUCCGCAAUGCUCCGAUUUCAUGCUGCUGAAGAGCACGCUGCUCGAGUCGCACGUCGAGGUGUUCCGCCAGCGCUCGCGUGCCACCUACGAGACGUACCGCGCGACGACGCUGGCGCAGCGCCAGGUCACGCCCGUGGUGCCCUGACCCCGGCCCGUCGCUUCCAUACCCCGUUCCCUCUCCUUUGCUGCAUCUUGCUCUCGUUCCUUGUCCGUCACCCCGUUGCAGUCUGCUCGCUCGCUCCGUCACCUAUUGUGCUGCAACGUUACCGCUCUCUCCCUGCUGCUGCUGCAAUGUCAAAGCGUCAC